AUGUAAGAUUAUGCAGCCGUGUAUAAUGUCAUAAAUUUCUUACAACUGGAAAAAGAUGGAGGUUAGUAAGAAGAAUAUUCAUCUUCUCAUUUCAAUUUUUCGAAUAAUGAGAAUCCUUCUGUAACUUAAAUAGCAGCAGAAGAUGAUCUUUUGCCUUAAAGUCAUUAAGCCAAAAAGAUAAAGAAGAAGAAACGAGUUGAUUUUCACUAUAAAAGAAGAAGAAGAAACAAUAAAAAUACAGAAUUGAAUAACAAUACACCAUUUAAUUUUAGUGAAGAUCAAAAAAUAUUGUCCUUAGUACUUGAGCAUGGACCAAAGUUCUCUGUAGUUUCAAAAUAUUUUAAUGAUAGAAAUCAAAAUGCUAUUAAAAACAGGUAUUACAAAUACCUUCGAUUCAGGUGGGAUUAAAUAUUAGGAAGGUAAUAAGAAUAUUCUAAAUUUUAUUAGUGAUUACUCGCAUCUUAAUUAAAGAAGAGAUGAUUAAGAAUAGAGCUAAGACAUUACAAAAAUAAUUGAAGAAAUGAAUUUUUUUCCUGAAAUUACAAACUUAUUGUCUUAAUUCGUCCAAAGAGUUUAUGCCCAAUUUAAUUGA